GGUUUUCACGUCAGCUCGCAUUUAUCAAAGUAUUUGACUUUCUUGUAAUGACUAGCAGCACGUUUCUCAGGAGGCGUGUCAGGACCAUUACGCAACGUCUUCAGGCUUCACGGAACAAUUUAGACAACAACGAAAUGAUCUUUGUGCAUGUGUUUGACCUUAUUGUACAACAGUACUGCUUUUAUCGUCUAAAGAGGUGUUAAAUGAGAGCCUCUGAAUCCAUUUUAACGACCAUUGAACGGCUUGUCCUAAUUUGCGAUGGACAAGUAAACAAGCGGUGUCUAUGAGAAACACGUCGACGAGUCGAAAGAGAGCAACAGUGAGGCCAUCGACUUCUUUGGGAUGUUCGUGACAAUGUCCUCCUUCCAGAGAGUUCGGCAAUUAAAGGUUUUGAAGCUCCUAUGGUUGGAUAGUCGGAUACAAAUGAACGUCCCUCCAUUGACUCCCUUCUGCACCAAAGCAAAUAAUCUCAAGAAGCCCGUCAGAUAUACAAGUAUAAAGAAAGCAAAACCAAAAACUAUUAUCGAUAUUGCCAAAUUACUGCAGCAAAAGGCCAAGGAGACCAAAGAGAAGAAGCAAUCAGUGAUCAUUGCUUCUGCACUGAAAGCUGCUAUCAGUCCAACCAAACCGACUACACCAAAUAAACUGAAUGACUCGAUUGAUGCCAAAGAAAUUAUUAUUUCCAAUGCAAAAGUUCAAACUUCUACCAGCACCCUUCCAGCAAAAUAUGCUGUGGGUAGUUAUUCAACACCUGACACUGUCAUAGUCGAUUCUUCUAUGGAUUUAGCAUAUUCAAAAGACGCAGACCAAAUACCCACAGAAGGUUUGCAUAAUAAAACAUGCACUGAAAUUAUGAAUGCAAAAGAUGCAGCACCCAGAGCUGCUGAGUCAGCUGUAGAAUCACCCACAAUUACUGCUCCACAAGAGGCUUCAACUCAAGGGGAGAUUACUACAAAUAGCAGUCAAGUUUCUAAACCGUCUUCAGCAAACCACUCAGAAGUCAUUCCAUUUUAUGAAGAUGUUGCUUCUGCCUCUGAAAAACAUGCAGGAGACACUAGUGAUGGAAGAGUUUACAUGCCUGAUGUUACGGUGACUUCCAAAGCUAUGCCAACUCCUGAAGUUUCAUCUGCACAUGAGAAAAGUCAUCUACAGGAGCCUUUUUUUGUUUCAGAAGUGGUUGCAGUGACCAGUGCAUCAGCUUUUGAAAACAUUGCACAGUCAAAGUACUCUUCAAAGCCUCAGUCCACUCAAUAUCAAAACUUUCUAGCUCCCACUUGGUCUUCAAAUUUCAAAGCAGACAAACCAUCUUCUGGACAAGAGAUUAUCAAUCUGGCAGCUGGGCCUUUCCCAGGUGGCACGGCUGACUCCAUACAAGAUAUUGCCAGCACUGAAGCUGUUGAAGUUACUUCUGGAGAAGUUCCAACCCUUCGACAAGUUCACCAUGAAGAAGCCAUUCAGGUCUUUGACCCCAUGCCUGAAGUCUCUUCGCCUCAAUCAACUGAGGAUCUUCCUGUUGUUGAGACCACAUCUACCUCUCUAAGUAAAGCCGUGAAGGUAGAUGCUCCUUCAAGUGAUACUCAGAGAUUCAUCAGUCUGAAGGGCCCAAUUCUAGUGCAAACUGAAGUUUUAGAGGAAGAGGAUCAGACAGAGGCAGCUGAAGAGUUGACUGAGGCACAACUGGAUCCAGUAAAGAGACUCUUUCUUGAAAAGAUAAAGGAAUACUCUACAAAGAGCCAAUCCUCUAGUGGCCCUGUAGAUGCUGGACCAGUAUAUGAGAAAGCUUUAAGUGAAGAACUAAGCACACUCCAGAGAAUCUAUGGCAGUGGAGACUUAACCAAGUUCCCAGAAUUUAAGUUCUCUGAGCCUGUACUAGAUGAAAGCAGCUCAAAAUGAAAAUCACACAUUGUCAUAGAAGUAUGUCAUUUAUGGUGUGUUAUAUAAGAGGCACUAAUAUUUGAUUAUAAAUACCUACACUAUUUGCAGUUACAGACCUGCUCUCUGUAAAAAAAAAAAAAAAAAAGGAAAAAAAUAAUAAAGUAGUUUGAACUUUAA